UGCGUCAGGGGCGAGGCUAUUGCAAAUUCCUAAACUUUAUGGAUUGGUUGAACUUGAAAGACCUCAUGUCCAACCGCCUUGUGCUUGCUGUUGCCGCUGCAGGCUCGGCUCUAAGUGUAGGCUAUUAUUUGGGCUGCAGACAGGCAUGUACAAGGCUGUCGGGUUCGCGUCUCAAAGCGGUGUUCGGUAAGAAUACAACUGUCCAAGAAGAAAGAGAGAGAACUGUGAUGGACUAUGUUAUGAAACAUACUAACGAGCAUCCAGUUCUUGGAGAACUCAGAGAAGAGACUAGUCGGCAUUCUCGAUUUGUGAUGAUGUGUGCUCCUGAGCAAAGUCGUUUGUUGGCUCAGCUGGUUAAACUGAUUGGUAGCAAGAAGUGUCUUGAAAUAGGCGUGUUUACUGGAUACAACACAUUGUCUAUUGCACUGGCUAUGGAAGACGAUGGAAAAGUAGUGGCCUGUGAUGUGAAUAGAGAGUAUACAGAUAUUGGAAGUCGGUUCUGGGAAAAGGCUGGAGUCUUGCAUAAGAUUGAUCUACGCAUUCAACCAGCUCUCACCACACUAGAUAAAUUGAUUGCCAAUGGAGAGUCUGGGACGUUUGACUUUGCAUUUAUUGAUGCGGAUAAGGAGAAUAUGACAGCCUACUAUGAGAAAUCGCUACAGCUUGUACGACAGGGUGGAAUCAUAGCACUCGACAAUAUGCUGUGGUCUGGAAAUGUGGUCGACGAAUCAAAACAGGAUGGUGAUACCGUUGAGAUACGAAAGGUAGCAGAUUAUGUUGGAAAGGACACACGUGUGGAUUCGUCUUUUCUUAAUGUUGGCGAUGGGUUACAGCUUGCAGUCAAACUGUGAAGUUGAAAAUACGUUUGUGUUGUCAGCAGACUUUAUAUAAUUGGUGUAUUGCUCUUUUCGUAGUUUGCACGCACGCACGCACGCACCCACACACACCCACACACAUUGAUAUAGUAAAAGGUAUAUAUCCAGUCCAAAUGUCUCAGCUAUUUUUCACGUUCAUCUUUCCA